CACGGAGUCUUAUAAACUUACAGAAAGAAUCAUUUGAUUUAAAAGAGUUUAUUUCUCCAAGAUUUCUGUUUGCAAAAAAAAAAAAAAAUGUCUUGCUGUGGUGGUAACUGCGGGUGCGGCUCUGGCUGCAAGUGUGGCAACGGCUGUGGAGGAUGCAACAUGUACGCUGAUUUCGGCGAGGGAAGGAGCGCCGCUGUGACCGUGGUCACCGGUGUCGCACCUCAGAAGGGGGGGUUUGAGGGUGUGGAGGCGGCUGAGGGAGCUGAAAAUGGAUGCAAGUGUGGAUCCAACUGCACUUGCGACCCCUGCAACUGCAAAUGAAACUAGGGACAACAAGAUACAUAUAUAAAAGAAAUAAAUUACUCGAGUGUGGUGUGCUGAUGACGUGGAAAUCUUAAUGAUGUAUAAAUAAGAGGCCAUGGCUACUCUCUUUGAGGGUUUUCCUGGUUUUGUGUUUGUCAAUCUUCGCUGGAUUUGAAUGUAAAAUUCGGUUUCCAUUUUAAGUAAUUAUAUUGUAUUAUAUUUGCGUGUAAA